UCACAGUGCGAACGAGUCGCGACUCUUGGGGGGUCAAGUUAGUUACGGCGACCGUGCCCCGCACCCCGAUAGGUGGAAAGUUCCAGUCAUUGUGCAGGUCGUUAGAGCCAAUUUAUGGACUGGCUGUCUGGGAGUUGGAUGGAUACCCGAUUCAGAGCUGCACUUAUAACUACCCGUCCGUCUGUUGGUGCGACGCAGAUCCAGAUAUAGAGAAUAGGGCUUUAAUCUUAAUGUUGUUAGUCAAUUUGGUGCGUUCUGUUUAAAACAGAAAUGUGUCUUUUCUUACAAGUUUCUUUCUCAUUUUGUUUACCACAGUUUUGUUUGAAAUGAAUUAGUGGCUUUAUAUUGGGUUUAUGUGAAUUUGAAAUCCUCACGAGUGCUGGUGAUGUGUGAGACAAUGCCGCGGGGUGUUCGUGCAGUUAUACCAGGGACUGAGGAGCUUGUAUUCCGCCAGCCCUAUGUAGCCGGAACGGUGGUAUCAACAUGUGCCCGGGAGGGUCGGGGACGGGCCCGUGCCUCCUACUCCCACCCCCGGCACAACAAGAGGAUAUCCAUCGACGAAUGUCCAAUGAUGCUGCUUCCCCGGGCCCAGGUGAGACACAACUUCAACGCCUACACGCUGCGGCGGAGGUUCACGACGGUGGCCGACAACGGCUUCCAGGACCUGCAGCUGUCCACCAUCUCUGUUUCCGACUGGGUGGAGGCAGGGGGACGCCCCACCCACAAGUCCGCGCUCAGGAACCCUGGGUCACGGAGAAAGAGUGAGGCAGACAGUGGGUUCGGAUCUCUGAAGCGGUGCGUGACGUUUGAAGACCUGAGUGAAUCCUCGUUGAACAGAUCCCCCGAUGAACUCUCCACAUCAUCCGGAGGUGAUAACAAGCCCGGGAACAGGGAUGACGACGGCGGCGAGUCUGUCCUCUCGGCCGCCAGUUACGAGGACAGGAGGACAUAUGACCUCCCAGAACAUCUUGACUCGUUUGGGGAUAACGACAAAGUGUGUGUUGCACCAAAUAAGAAGAAAAAGAGAGAACAAGAACCCCCUCCUCAUCCUGAAGACAAACACCACCCGGGGGACUGCAACUCUUGCCCCCAGUGUCAGAAGGAUGACGCAAGGAUGCGGAAAUACUUUGGAGGAGUAGACUACUUCUUGGAUUGGAUUAUCUCGAAAUGGGGCAAGAGGAAAGAGCUCCAGAUAUUAACAAAGAGCAAUUUUGUUGUGCGAGGCAUCAAACCCCACUUCUGCAACUUCAUCCAAGGGGUGCAGCUACAUGAACGUGACAUCAACUCCCGCCCCCGGAGCCGCCAGGAUGGUGGUGCAGACGACGACGACAAUGACGGUUAUGACCACGGCACAGUUGUGUCUACCGAUGCCAUCUCUCUUGGGCAAUGGCGACAUCGCACAUCUGGGAGCGGUACCGAGGGACGGCCAGGCUCCCCCAGUUCUGUGGGGGACGGGCUGGACGAUGACGUGUCCAGUAAACUGAACACAGAGGCCUGGCCACGGUCACUCUACGGGGCUAAGAUUAACACUGACUUGGAGGGAGACGACAAGGACAGGCUCAAAGCCAAUAAAGAAAAUGAACUGCGGCCAUACAUACAGAUUCCGUCCCCCGAACCCCCCAUGGAGCCGAAACCCGCAUGGAAAGACACGGGGAAGAAGUCGAGUAAAGCCAGUACUGGCAAGAAGGGCGGCAAGGCCGGCAAGUCCUCCAGCGGGGGUGCUGGGGGAGCUGGCGGGGAGGGGAAUGGGGGGGACGGGGGGAAGAAGAGGUCAUGUAUCAAGAAGAAGGACAAGAAGAAGAUGGACAGACACCGUGAGGGGACGAUGGACUCGGAGCCGCAGGUGGAGCACGUGACAACGAUCAUGGAGGAGAAGAAGACACCUGAGCCGGAGAAAACUGACUCUGACAGCCCCCAGGCUGACAGCAAGAUACCAGAUCUUCCUUCCUCCAACAAGCAGGACAAGCUACGGGAACAGAGGGCAGAUCGAGCUCGGCGCCAGCUGAUCGAGGCGGAGUUCCUCCGGUCUGAUCUCAAUGAGCUGUUGAUGCAGGAAAUGCGCGAUCAUCGCAAGGAGUUUGACUUUGAUGCAGACAGCAUGAGUGAUGAUGCUCUAUCUAAGAACCGCGUGCGGAUGAGUUCAUGGCUGACCGGCCGUCUAGCUCUGUCCCAACAGUCCAGCCGGUUCACCCUGCCAAUGGACAUGAAGGUGCUUGAGAAGAUGACCCCACAGGACUACCUGCGGACCUACUGUGUCGUGUCAUCCAGACGGCAUAUACUCUACCAGAAAAUACACUCCAAGAACAGAGACAAGACAGGCGUCAUCCCCUUUAAAGACAUAGAGAAGGCCCUGAAGGAUGUGCUGGUCAACACCAUCAGCAAGGAGGAGGUGGCAGAGGUGUGUCAGCUGCUGGAGAUUGAUGAAGAGACACGCAUCGACUACAAGCUGUUCUGUGGAGUUGCUGCCUUCGCUGAGAGGAUUCUGUACCCCAAGUUUGUGACCGAGGACACAGCCGAGCUGCCUGAAUUUCAGAGAGAAAAGAUUGAGUGUGCGGACUUCUGUGCGUUGGAGUGGAAGUUUCAUGGAGUCAAUGUUAAUCCUCCUGUGAAGAAAAUGUUGAAGUCACUUGGAUGACCUUGAAAGUUGUUGUUGACCUUUACCUCCAUACUACAGCAAUGGUGAUGAUGAUUGACGAAUCUGUGCGAGGACUGAGAAGUAUUGUAUGUAAAUGCCUAAAGCUACACAAGUGUGACACUAUGAAACAAGUUCAAGUUGACAUGUUUGUAUGAGAACUGCAAUACUGUGUGGAUGAUGCACUUGACUGGAGAACUGUGAAAAACCUCAAGUUGGAAGCUGUUCGAUCUCUCUUUGUCUUGUGCUUGUCAUCCAAGCAUAUAUAUUUAUUUAUUUAUUUAACAAACCAACUGUGUUGUCUGUGAUAAUGACAAGUGAUUGGUUUCUUCAACUGCCUGAUCUAACGGCUUGUGAAACUUGUCGUGUGGAUUGUCUCCCUUGUAUUGUCUGGUGCAUGGAGACAGACCUGGAUGAGUGUAUCAAGACAUCUCAACAGACAUGCAAUGAACAUUCAAUAUAUGCUAGAAGUUUCAGGAUGAGUUUUCUAAGUUUUGCUUUCUAUUUGAAAUUUGUUGUGACAUCCCCAAACAUGACCCUUGUACAAUGUUGUGUGCCAAGUUAGGAGGCAUCGAAAGGUUAAUCUCUUAUACCUAGAAAUCAGAAUACACGCACGAUGACGAUGUCAACAUGACGAUGAUACAAUGACAAUGACAAUGACAUGAUGACACAAUGAAGAUGACAAUGACAUGACACAUUAAAGAUGACACAAUGACAUGAUACAUUGAAUAUGACACAAUGACAUGAUGACACAAUAAAGAUGACACGAUGACAUUACAUGACACAAUGAAGAUGACACGAUGAGAUGACACAAUGACAAGACAUAUUGAAGAUGACACAAUGACAUGACAUAUUGAAGAUGACACAAUGACAUUACAUGACACAAGGAAG